AUGGCGGACAAGGCAGAAGAAAUGAAAUGUUCCUCUGAACUUCAGUACUUUCGAGAGGAUUCUGGAGUUACAGAUGUAAUUCUCACGGUGGAAGACAAAGAGAUCCAUGUGACAAAAGUAAUUCUCAUGCGUUCUUCUCCUGUUUUCCGGGCCAUGUUUACUGAUGAUUUCAAAGAGAAAAGCGAAAGCAGAGUUACCUUUCCAGGAAAAUCCUAUGAAGAUUUUGUACUGUUUCUACGAAGUUUUUAUCCUGGGGAACUUUUGGAGCUUAACGUUUCUGUAAUAGAGAGAAUCUUACCUCUGGCAAGAGAGUAUGGAAUGGACGCUUUGAUGAAAAGUUUCCAUGAGAGGCUUUUGGUAGAUGCAGAAUCUCAAACAAAAGACGUUUUCUUCCAUUUAAAAUGUUUUUAUAUCGCUGCAGUUUACAAUUUUGAUGAGCUUUACAAUAGAAUGCUGGAGAAUCUGAGGUCCGUUGCUGUUAACACCUAUAAGAACCGAGAAAGCUUCAAAAUGCUUCUGCCAGAGGACAAGGCCCAGUUAUACGAAAAACGCUGUGAAUUUGUUGAAAAACAUAAUUCGAAUCUCCUGAACAAAAUGUCAAGAAUUAAAGAGAACUUGGACUCAUUUGAAAUCUGGUGUGAAAAAUGUGGCAAAUGCAUGUACAUUUCCAGAAAAGACAAAAUAUGGAUUUGGGGAUGA